UUCCGUAGCCCCGGGGGGGCUCGGGGGGGGUGCAGUGGCGGCGCCGGGCCGGGGGGUGGCACGGCCGAGCCAGGCGGGAGCCGCUGAUGCUGCCGGGGAGGGUCCCGGUGCUCCGCAGCCCCGGCCCCGCAUCCUCAUCUUCCUCUCUCCCUGCAGCGCUGCGCUCCCGCUUCCCGGCAGCGUCGCAUCGCCGCCUCCCGGUGCUGCCCGGUGUCCCGGCAUCCCUGAAUCCUUCCAUCCCGGCAUCCCUGAAUCCUUCUGUCCCGGCAUCCCUGCAUCCUCACAUCCCAUCCCGGCAUCCUCCCAGCCCGGCAUCGUGGCAGCUGCACCCGUGCUGGCCGGCAUCCUCCCAUCCCUGCAUCCCUCCAUCCUUCCAUCCCUGCUCUCUCCACUCCCGAGUCCUCCCAUCCCUGCAUCUCUCCAUCCUCCCGUCCCUGCAUCCCUCCAUCCUCCCAUCCCUGCAUCCCUCCAUCCCUCCAUCCUCCCGUCCCUGCAUCCCUCCAUUCCCGAGCCCUCCAUCCCCGCAUCCUUCCAUCCCUCCAUCCUCCCAUCCCCGCCCCCUCCCAGCCCCCUGAAGCCCCCCAGAAGAUCUGAGCCGUGACGCCCCGGUUUGGGGAGCACCGGGAGGGCCCUCGGGCAGGCUCAGCCCCGGCGCCGCGGGCUCGGGACCCCCCGUGCCCACCCUCGGCACGGCCGCCCCGCGGCGGGGAUGAGGCGGCGCCGCAGGUAAUGCAGCUGCAGGCAGCUGGCAGCCCCCAGCCCACCAUGCCGACGUCCAAGAGCGAGGGCGAGAGCGAGUUCUGGAUCGAUGGAUCCCACCGGGAGGCGGCACUGGAAGAUUUCUACGUCGUGGGGCCCGAGCUGGGACGGGGAGCCACCUCGGUGGUGUUCAGCUGCCAGGAGAAAGGCACAGGAGCUCCCUACGCUGCCAAGAUCCUGAAGAAAACGAUCGACAAGAAGAUCGUGAGGACGGAGAUCGGGGUCCUGCUGCGCCUCUCGCACCCCAACAUCAUCAAGCUGAAGGAGAUUUUCGAGACGCCCUCGGAGAUCGCGCUGGUGCUGGAGCUGGUGACGGGGGGAGAACUCUUUGACAGGAUCGUGGAGAGGGGGUUCUACAGCGAGAGGGACGCGGCGCACGUGGUCAAGCAGAUCCUGGAGGCUGUUUCGUAUUUGCACGAGAAUGGGGUCGUGCACCGGGACCUGAAGCCAGAGAACCUGCUCUAUGCUGACCUGUCCCCCGAUGCACCCCUCAAAAUCGGUGACUUUGGGCUCUCCAAGAUCGUGGAUGAACAGGACACCAUGAAAACCGUGUGUGGGACACCGGGGUACUGCGCCCCCGAAAUCCUGCACGGGUGUCCCUAUGGACCAGAGGUGGACAUGUGGAGCGUGGGGGUCAUCACCUACAUCCUGCUCUGUGGCUUCGAGCCCUUCUUUGACCCGCGGGGGGAUCAGUACAUGUACGGCCGCAUCCUCACCUGCGACUACGAGUUCGUGUCCCCCUGGUGGGACGAGGUGUCCCCAAACGCCAAGGACUUGGUGAGGAAAUUGAUCGUUUUGGAUCCCCAGAAGAGGCUGACGGUUCAGCAGGCCCUGCAGCACCCCUGGGUCACUGGGAAAGCAGCAAAAUUCGCUCACAUGGACAGCACGCAGAGGAAACUGCAGGAAUUCAACGCCAGGAGGAAACUGAAGGCUGCCAUGAAGGCCGUGGUGGCCUCCAGCCGCUUGGGCAACCACGGCCACCACGACUGCUCCCGCAGCGGCCGCGGCCAGGGGGGACCCCGGGGCCUGGCCCAGCCCAAGGGGAACAGCGGCCCCAGGGCCGGCACGGAGCUCAGAACGUUCCAGAGUGACCAUCCUGCCACGUUCCAGAGUGACCACCCCAGUGUGGGCCCAGAGGCCACGUGCCAGAGUGACCAUCCUGCCACAUUCCAGAGUAACCAUCCUGCCAAAGGCCCGGUGGCCACAUUCCAGAGUGACCACCCCAAUGUGGCCCCAGUGGCCGUGUUCCAGAGUGACCAUCCCACCACAUUCCAGAAUGACCACCCUGAUGUGGGCCCAAAGGCUACAUUCCAGAGUGACGACCCCGCCAUGGUCCAGAGUGACCACCCCGAUGUGGCCCCAGUGGCCACGUUCCAGAGUGACCACCCCGCCAUGUUGGAGAGUGACCAUCCUGGUGUGGGCCCGGUGGCCGCGUUCCAGAGCAACCACCCCACCAUGGGCCCAAUGUCCGUGUUCCAGAGUGACCAUUCCACCGUGGGCCCGGUGGCCACGUUCCAGAGCGACCAUCCUGCCACGUUCCAGAGUGACCACCCCACUGUAGGCCCAGUGGCCAUGUUCCAGAGUGACCACCCCACCAUGGGCCCAGUGGCCACGUUCCAGUGACAAUCCCGCCACAUUCCAGAGUGACCACCCCCCCAAAGGCCUGGUGGCCACGUUCCAGAGUGACCACCAAGCCCUGGUGGCCGUGCCAGGGCCUGCCUGUGACAGUUAAUGGCCCCACAGCAGCGGUGGCACCACCAAGCCUUGGCCACUGCUCUGGGCCAUCCUCGUGUCCU